CACAGACAUUUCUCUUCUUCUCUCCUUUGCUUUGGGUUUCUGUUAUAUCUCCUUUCUUCUAAUUUAGCUAUGUUUGUCUUCUUCCUCUAAUCUGCCCCUCGCCUGGGGCAAUCUGCCCCUUCAACACACUGUCAAUUUCAAAGUUCUUUUGUUGGUUCUUACCUUUCCUAUCAAGUUUGUCUCCAGUUAACCUCCUCUUGCCGCUUGUCGUUCUCUGUCUUUAGUGGAAUGGUUGCCCGUGACCCCUGGCCUCCUCGGCUGAGAUUUCGAGGGGAGCUUUGCCCCCUCUCCUAAAGCACACAGCACUGACCCUGCAAGUAUCCAACAGACGCCUGAUCUAAACUCACAGUCCGGUGAUGUUACAUGUCCCAUCCUCAGACAUGGUAGAAAAGGAGGGAGUAGGUAAAGGCUGCCAAUGGACCCCGCUGAGGAUUCUGGGAGUGAUUUUGUGUGUUUUGGUCUCCUUGGCUGGGAUCGGGGUCACAACCUGGGUAUUAGUGAAGUACAUUUGGAAGAAUGAAAACUCAAAUUUAUAUAUAGUCCAGGUGAACUCUCCAGAUCAGCGCAUUUCUGUAUACGAUGAGGGAGAGAGAGUAUGGCGUCUCAUAUGUUCAUCUUCAUCCAACUCCCAAGUCGCGACGUUGAGCUGCGAGGAAAUGGGCUUCAUCAGGUCCAUGUCUCAUACAGAACUCCGAGUGGAGACGGCUGGAACCAACGGCACCUCGGGGUACUACUGCGUGCAGGAGUCUCAGAUAAGCAGCGCCAAGAGAUUGUUGGACGUCCUCUCCGUGUGUGAUUGUCCAAGAGGACGGUUUCUUUCUACCCAAUGUCAAGAAUGCGGCCGCCGGAAGCUGGCAGUGGAUAGGAUCGUUGGAGGACAGGAUGCUACCCUGGGCCGCUGGCCGUGGCAAGUGAGCCUGCAGUACGAAGGUGCCCACCUCUGCGGGGGCUCUUUAAUCUCCAGUGAAUGGGUCCUGACGGCGGCGCACUGCUUCCCCCAGAGGAAUCGGGCAGUUAGUCAGUGGCGAGUGUUCGCCGGGGCAGUAUCCCGACUAUCUCCAGGGAGAUCCCUGCAGGCUGUGAAGGGGAUCAUUUACCAUGCCGGGUAUUUCCCCUUCCUGUUUCCAGAUAGUGAUGAGAACAGCAAUGAUAUCGCCCUGGUGCACCUACAGACACCGCUUACCCUCACAGAAUACGUGCAGCCCGUCUGUCUACCGGCUCUGGGUCAACAGAUUGUGGACGGGAAGAUUUGUACGGUGACUGGAUGGGGUAACACGGAAUAUUACGGCCAUCAGUCCGACGUCCUACAGGAAGCUUCGGUGCCAAUCAUCAGCAGCUCCGUCUGUAACCAGCCGGAAUAUUAUCUCAAUCAGAUUACUGGGAAAAUGUUCUGCGCGGGAUACGCGGAGGGCGGGAUCGACGCCUGCCAGGGGGACAGCGGCGGCCCCUUUGUGUGUGAGGACACCCUUUCGCGCACUCCACGCUGGCGUCUAUGUGGCAUUGUGAGCUGGGGAAUAGGAUGUGCCCUUCCCAACAAGCCUGGAGUAUACGCCAAAGUCGAUCAAUAUCAGCACUGGAUUUACAGGGUCAUGAAGACGAAAUCUGAGUUCACUGGCAUCACAGAGAUGAUAUGAAAAAGAAAUACUGCCUUCCAUCAAGAAAUGGAUACAGACUUAAAUCGCGUAGCCGGGGGUUAACAGAGCGUCCGAACACCUGGAACGAAAAAGCAUUCGGGACUGUGAUGUACAUUUAAAUCUUGUAAUUAGUGUUAUACAUAGUAUACAAUGUCACUGCAAUGAGCUGCUACUACGUUACCGCCAGGACAAUGAAUCUCAGGAGCCGAAGUUCUAUAAACCAAUUUAGUACCUAUAAUCCACGGGGGGGGGGGGGUGUUGGGAAUCACUUUGCCUUAGAACCUCUUUACCCAUUUCUAUGCUUAAAAUUGAAUCUAAUUGUUGUUCGUGGGCUGGUGAAUGGAGGGACGUUGUACUCGCGUAAAAUGUAUUUCGGUUCCGGUUAUAUACGGUUGCCAGAUAGAAUAACCAAAACUCAUUUCAUGAAGGGAAUUACAGUGAAUGUAUCAAACAUGUUGAGAAAGCGUUUUGGGCUUGGAAUAAUACCAAGCUGGGAUGGCUGCCAACCAUGUUGCCAACCACAAGAGGGAGCCAUCAGCCGGCUGCUGAUUUCCUGGGUGCGACCUGCUUAUAUAGGAUUAUGAGACGAUGGAGGAAGCUACGUAAAAAGGACACAUUAGAGGGAACGUGACAGUGAGCAACGGGCUGUAGCAAUUGGUCCAUUACUCUUUAACCCCUUAAGGACAAUGGGCGGUCCCUAAACCCAUUUUGUCAUUAAGGGGUUAAAAAAUCUCUUAAUUUUGCAAUAAACAAAAAUGGUAGAGCCGCCCUCUGUAAGGUCCUCCUUUUUUCUCAGUUCAUCCAAUAGCAGGUCGAUACAAUAAAUAAAAUCGAAUCGAUAACACAAUUUAUAGAAUUGUAUCUCUGUUUAACUUCUAACACCCGUACUCCAAUAAUAUAAUAUAGAAGGAAUACUUGAAAGAUGGAACCUAUUGUUAUUUCCCCUCUAGAGUUCUCAAAGCCGUUCUAAGUUCUAAGUUAUGCGCUCCCCAAGAACCUAAAGCAAGUGCUGUCUGAUUGUAUUAAAGGAUCAUGUUCAAAAUUCUGGUCCAGAUUUAAGUAGUAGAUUCCCCAAUACCGUCCACUUUUAGGCGAUGGAGAGAAGAAGAUGGUCCAGACAGGACAAGUGGUUGAGGUUUGAGUGAAGUAUCACCAUGAGUGAAUGAUGCUUCCCUCUUGUCAGAUCCUCAAAAAAGUUUAAUCACAUAUUGUCUAGGUGAUACCUUAAUUGGCUGAAUAGAAAAGGCUAAGAAUGUUGGCAUCUUCAAUAUUGGGACUCCAGACCUUCUUAAGUCCAGAAGACACAUCACAGAAGUCCACGUCCAUAGAAGGUCCAUGUCUACUUUUAUUGGUUCCCCAUGUGUCCCUUCUCUCAACCUUCCAUUUGUAUGUUUAGGACUUUGUAUUAUUUCAAUUAACCAAUUUCUCAAAGAAUAAUAAAUAUUUUUUAGAAUAUUUCUUUAUCCAAUAUUGGGAAAAAAAAUUGUAGCGUUCUAAUGUGGCGAAGUCACCAUAGAAACGAAUGGGCGCCAUAUGCACCACCAUGUUGCAGACUAGCCUUUUCCAAACAUAAACAAUUGUUCUUGAAAAAAAAUAUGAAAUCUCAAGUUAUGGCAAAAUUUACAUGUAACAUCAAUAUGUAAAAAAUUUGCCCGGGAUGGAGUCGAAGGCCGACAUUGGAUGCCAAGCAGGUUUGCUUUGUUGUCUGCACACAUGGUCAUGUAGUAUCAAGGCAUGUUUGCUUAUGUCAAUAAAGUAUUAUUACUUUGAAUAAUGAAAAAAA